ACAAGACACAACCAAUCUCAGCAGCCUUUGAGGAAGCCCAGAAACCUGUGACUCCCAAAAGGGUGACAUCCCAGAGUCUGAGGGCGAAGAACCCUGAUAGGUUCAAGACCCAACCGGUCACACCCGAUGAACUCCAUAAGAUCAGACAGAUGAUGGACCCAGUGCAGACCACCAGUUCUAUCAAGGAUAGAUUAAAAGCCUUGCAGAUAAAUGGGGAGGAAGGAUGGAAAAAGAGAAUCAGCAAGUAUGAGGACUCUCCUCAGUCAGGACUCAAAGAGAGAUUAAAUCUUCUCAACCAUAACAGUAAAUUUGAGAAGAAUGAUGAGGUGGAUGACUUGCCAAACAACCAGGGUAGUAUAUCAGAGAGGUUACAAGCCCUCAAGGAAGACGGGACGGCUUGGAGGAAGAGGAUAGAGGAGAAGGAUGUCGAUAACUUCACUGUCAGCGGGAAACUGAAGCAAGCGGGUAAAGUGAGUUCCGAUGAAGCCGAAACGAAACCACAAACCAAACUCAAGAGGGCAGGUAGCAAUCGUAAACCCAGACCGGGAUCAUUUAGGAUAACAAUAAAAAGAACAGAUAGCGAUGCCAGUAUAAACAGCGAUUCACAAUCAUCAAAACAAGAAAAUGGAAUGACGAGCAGUGGCCUUACAACGACGACGACAGAAUCUGAGGACUCCGAGCCAGACUUCAGAAUCAUCAGAAAAACAGUUACUGUGAUGAAACCAGAUGAUGAAGGCUUCACGGAUUUCUUUGCAAGCUCGUCGCAGUUUAUGGAGGAGACAAUCACGCCCUCAUCGACAGCGAAGACGACAACGACGAUGUCAUCGAAGAGCAUCACUAAGAAGGUAGAGAAGGAUACAUUGCAGGUCUCAGUCUCUGAUUUUGAUGCCCUCACAGAAAGCACUGGACGCAGCAGCCUUGGUGUAGCCUCGUCACACAGAAGAUCCCUUAGGCCACAAAGAAGGACGAGACCUUCAGCAAACCCCCUAAAAACAAUGAAAGGCAGGCCCAACAUUGUAUCCGAAUACACAGAGGAGAGGGUAGAACUGGCCGAGGUCCCAGAGAAAAAGAAGUCAAAGUCUGAAUCACGCAAAGAAAAUGCAAGCAAGGCUGCUAGGGCGGGUCUAGCCAGUAAGGAAGACAUAGCACAAGGGAAGACGAAGCUCACUACAGUGAAAGAUGUAAGGGAGAUGGGCGGUACUUUAUCAGAGCUAUUACCAUACAAAGAACUCAUGCUUAUACAUGUCAAAGGUCGAAGGUUUGUCCAAGUGCGAUUGGUUGAGCCGAAGAUGACAUCACUCAACAGCGGGGAUUGUUUUAUCUUGGUGUCACCUGCAGAUAUCUUCCUCUGGAUAGGAGAGUAUGCCAACGUCAUUGAGAAAUGCAAGGCCACAGAGAUUGCUCUGCAUAUACAACAGAAACGGGACCUAGGAUGUAAAGCGCCCUCUGUGACGGAAAUCCAAGAAACCAAACAGAAGACAAGUCAUUCCAGAGGCUGGAAGAAGUUCACAGCGUUACUAGGAGGAGAGACCAAAUAUAAGGAUGUUGGAGCUCCAGAUGAGGAUGAAAUGCAUGAAAUCUACAUCACAGAGACUAACAUGGUCUACAGGGUUGAAGGAGAUAGUCUAGAGCCAUACGAGGCUUACUGGGCAUCACCGGGCAAGUUCAAAAUGCUUGAUACCAAUGAGGUGUUUGUCUUUGACUUUGGAAGUGAGAUCUAUAUAUGGAGGGGCAAGGCUGCAUCCAAGAGGAAAAGGAAAGCAGCCGCUCAGCUUGCCCAGUUGCUAUGGGAACGAGGUUUUGAUUACUCCGAGUAUGAUGUCAAUCCCAUCGAUCCCCAUGAUACCAAGAACAUGGUGAAGAAUGAGAGACCAGACUGGACCCUCAUAGGAAAGGCUACACAGCACAUGGAGACGAUUCUCUUCAGACAUAAGUUCAUUGACUGGCCGAGGGAGACAGAUUCAUCAAAGAACGGCCAGGAUGAAAACCAAAAGUCUGAAAAAAUACCAGAGCUUGUUCCCUUUGAUGCCAAACUCAUGAUCCAACCAAGUAGAGAAAAAUCUGAUCUCAUAUUGGAAGGAACCAAUCUUGGAAGAGGGGACGCUUGCUGUAGGAUGUCUCAUGAAAAUGACCAAGAAACAGCAUAUACCUCAUUCUUCAGCAAGGUCGACAGGAAGGGACAGAGGAUCAACACGUUAUCGGUGGUCGUAUGGCAUGUCUUAGAGUAUGAACACAGCGUUGUAGGAGAAGAGAGCUUUGGGCAGUUCCAUGAAGGGGAUACUUAUGUCAUCAGGUGGCUAUACAACGUAGAAAACACUGGUAUGAAGAGCUUAAAGGGUACCGCAUCAAGGUGGGGAGGGACCCAGGGGAGGGAGAGGUGCGCCUACUUCUUCUGGCAGGGGCAGCAGAGCACCAUCAACGAGAAGGGGGCAUCGGCCCUGAUGACGGUGGAGCUGGACGAGGAGAGGGGUCCUCAGAAGCAGGUGGUGGAGGGCAAGGAACCGGCUGCAUUCUUCCAGCUUUUCAAAGGGAGGAUGGUGGUCCAUGUGGGCAAGAGAGAAGACGAGCAGACAAAUACUAAAGGCCCCUACAGGUUGUACUGUGUGAGAGGGGAACACACCAAAGAGACUAGUCUAAUGGAAGUUCCUGCUAAGAUGAGGAGUCUACGGUCCAGGACCUCUUUCGUUCUUCUUACCCUCAGUGGAGUCCAUAACAAGAAGGCUAGUCUGCAUCUUUGGCAUGGGGCCAAGGUUUCCAAGGCAACCAAAGAAUGUGCUCAACAUGCUGCUGCUGCUCUGAAAGAAAAUCUUCCACAAGAAGCGGGGCUAUCAACCGAUUGCAGCAUCACAUUAGAAGAGAUGGAGGAAGGCAAAGAAUCAGCUGCCUUCACCAAAGCUAUGGGCAAAGAUAGGAAUACAUAUGAUAGUGCAAUGAGUGAUCCUCUCAAGUACGAUUAUACCCCAAGAUUGUUUAAUCUGACCAGCGGCUCAGGAGUGUUUGUAUCCAAUGAAAUUCUCUACCCUGCAAGGUCAGCAGAAUACCCUUCUCCAUACCCCUUCCUCCAGUCAGACCUGUAUUGCGGGGAACAACCAGCUCUCUAUGCCUUAGACAACCACUAUGAGAUAUACCUCUGGCAAGGUUGGUGGCCCGCUGAUCACGAGUCGGCCUCAGGGACGACCAAGACCGGCUCAGCAAAGAUCAGAUGGGACAUAGACAGGAAGCUCGCAAUGGAGACGAUCAUGGCCUACUGCAAAGAAAAGAGGCCGAAAAACCCACCCAAGGCUUACCUGGUGUAUGCGGGGCUUGAACCUCUAACUUUCACAAACCUGUUUCCUUACUGGGAAGUCAGAGAAGAUGUCAUGAAACUCAACAAAGAGAGUGGGAAGAAAAGUGACAAAGCCAUCUUGGUGAAGGAUGUACUGGCUAAACUAACCAAAGCGACGUAUACCAUGGAGGAGAUUAGUAAGAGGCCAUUACCUGAGGGUGUUGAUCCACUCAAACUGGAGACGUAUCUAUCAGAUCAAGAAUUCAAGUCUGUCCUGAGUAUGACCAAAGAUGAGUUCUACAAACUGCCAAUGUGGAAACAGAAGAACCUCAAGAAAAACAACGCCCUUUUCUAAGCAAACUGUUGCUAUGCCAGGCAAUAUUUCAAAGACUUAUGUUACAUGUUCAUCUGUGACGGAUGGGACUCCUGCAACUGUCUUCAAACAAACCCAAUAUUUCAAUCUGGGUAUUUUUUGAGAGGUUUGAAUGAGUGAGAAUUAUUCUUUGGAAGGAUUUGUGUGGAUGUACAUGCUGUCUGCUUCCCUGUGAGAGGGCAGUUGCCGAAUAGCCUUCCUGAAGACAUCAACACUUAAAUCUCGUUUGAAUUUUUCAAAAAAUUCUUUGAACCUUAAUAUUUACUUCUUAAUUCUUUAUUGGUAUUGAGCCUCUACAGUGGAAUUGGCACUCACAAUGUUAUAAUAAUUAUGAUGAUGAUAGUAAUAGUAUAUAUAAUUAUUAUUAUUAUAAUUAUUUUGAUGAUGAUCAGAGAGAAUGCAGUCAAUGGAAAUGGAAUGGAAUGCAUAUCUAAUUAAGGAGUACCUCGUCCUCUGUAUUUUCCAACAAUAAAAUAUCCCUUUCAAACCCCUUUUUUAAGCAAUCUCAAGAUUAUGAUUAAUAGUAUUUGUUUUAAGGAAUUGUUUUAAGGAGCUUCCUGUGAUUAAUUCUCAAUGAAUAAAAUGUCUUCCAUCUUAUUAGCUGAAAUUUAUUUCAAUUGUGACUUAUCAUUUGUAGCAAAUUAAGCAAUAAAACUGAUUCCUUUCGUUUCAUUAAGAUAAGAAGACGUGCAAGAGUAUCACUAUUUGUUUAUCAAAAUUAUUACGGGCAUUCUUAUUUCGCUCUGACAUACUGCUUCUGAAUUGUAUUUGCUUUUUGGGGAGCCUGCCAGCCAUACUCAAUAAUAAAGUAAAUUUUUGGAAACUUUUUUUAGGUGAUUGAACUUAGUUCCUAAGUAAUUUUGAGCUUGAACUAAUCAAUACAAAUUCAAGAUUUAGUUGGGCUAUAUACACGAAGUGCGAGAUUCUUCUCUCAAAGCAGGAAACUUCUGUCUUGCUUUCAUAGAAGUUUACUCUAAGGGUAGUACCAGCAGAAUGGAUUCUUUUUUCAUGAGAUGGGGAAAGGGUAGAAAUGUCUAAAUAUGAGAGGUAAAUGGCUAUAUAUUGUGGGAAGUAAAGUGUCAAGAAAUUGACUGAACUAGAUCAAACAAAUGUUGCAGAUCUGACCAGAUGAUCAUGUACACAUACAAGCAUCUGAGGCAGGGUCAUCGUGUGAAAUUGCCGAGAUCAGUGUGAUCAUGAUAACAAUGAUUAUGAUGUAAACAAGUCCAAUCAUGAUGGAAACAAAAUGAUUGUGAACAAAAAAAUUGUUGUGAACCAAAAAAAAAAAAACGAUUGUGAAUAAAAAUGAUCGUGGUUGAAAAUGUUUUCAUGUCAGUCUGCCAAUGAAAAACACCUUGUGUGAGUGAAAUGAAUGAAUGUAAACUGAAAGAAAUCUGUUAUAUAUUCUGCUCAUUGUAACCCGGGGCUCUGUUACACUGUUCAGAAUGAUGCGAAGAGAAUUGUAAAUAGAAAUGGCCAGAACUCCUUGAAUUGACCUGGAUAUUCACAUUAAUCAUUCAGUAUCAUUUCUGUGUCUUUGUGAAAAAGGAAAAAAAAUAUUUUCUUGCAGAUGAAUUUCUGUAUAUUCAUUAAUCAGAAUUUUUCUUAUAUCUAUCCUUAUCACUGUCCUGAAAGAAAGUCUACUUACUAAUUAUAGUAUUUAUAUAUAUUUACCAUUACACGAGGGCAGGAAAAGGAAUAGAUUCAUGAUGGUGGUGGUGGUGGUGCUUUUUAUAUAUCAGUGUAUAGAUGACGUGAUGUGGCUACUCUCCUAAUGCCCAAAUAAUAAAGAAUGUUUUAUUGUAACCUAAAGUGCAAUCUGGCUUUGUAUGGGUGCUUCAUUACUUUAUGAAAUGUAAGGAACAGACAGAUGGUGAUAUUUGAUUUCAAUCUUGGUAGUAAUGUGUGUCUGAUACAUAUCAGAGACUGGCAUCUCACUCUUUUUAUGAUUUUGAUAUUGAUUAUCAUGGUGUGCUUCCGACUAGCAAAUCAAAGUUUGUGCAUUUUAUUUGUUUGUUAUUGUAAAUAUAUAAUAUUGAGUAGUUGCAGUUGAUUCAGUACACAUGUAGUGAUAUUGCAGUACAAGAUAUAAUGUUAUUUAGUCCUAAUAAUCAACACCAAUCAAUCGACAAGUUAGAGAAUCGGAACUAUUUUGAUAAAAUCCAGCAAUUGGAGAUACAUUGUCUUAAUACUUGGUGUGUAUGACAAAUCGGGAGUUGGAAGUAUGAACAAAGCCUUGUUACAUUCACCGAUAAUCAUUUGAAGUUAGACAAUUUUUCAUGCAAACUAGUGCUGUAUUCACAUUUGUCAGGUGACGACUGCAGGAAUGUUAAAUCAUGCAUACAUACAUUUGUAAGCAAGUUAUAUAUACGACUUGCUGAUAGAUUGAAUUAUAGACAAUAUCUUAUCGAGAACAAUCCAAAUAUGAAUGCAUUUAUAAAAAUAUAUAUUAUCAUACAUUUGUCAAUGAAUUUCUAUUCCUUAUAUCGCAAAUCCAUUACUGAAACACAAAAUAGGACUACAUAUUUGUAAAAACGAGUGUAUACAGUAUGAAUCUUUUAUUAUAGAUUUUUGAGAUAGCAUCACUGCCUAUGAUAAUUAUAGAAUUUGCUUGAAUGUUAUUUGAAUAGAGCAACCCUUUAAUCCUGUUGAUUGACCAAUGGCAAAUCAAUCGUAUUUAUAUAUUUAUUUUAACGUCUUUUAGCUUAUUUAUUUUGAAUUAUUACAGUGUAUCUAUGUCUAUUGAAGAGCGUGGGAACAGGAAGGGUAUUAAUUUGUAUAUUUCACUACCAACUUUAUGCUCUUCUAGUUUCUGAUGAAUGAGGGCGCCAUUCAUCAACCUCGAUGAUAGCUUUAACAAAUCGACAAAUACUUUAUUACUUAAUGUCAACAAUGAAUAGAACAAACUGAAUCAAAUCUUCUCGUAAUAUUUUUUAUUAUGCAACUCAGUGAAAUGUUUUAUACAAGAUCAUGCCUUGUCUUAUUAUUGAUUACUGCUUUAUGUAACAUAGUUUGAUUUUAUCCGAAGACUUUGAAGCUUUAUUGUGUUUAAUGAAUAUAUCUUGAGUUGUGCUAUCUCUCGUGUUGAGGGAGACAGAGGGAGAAUGUUUGUAUUUACUGAUAAUAAAGUGAUGUUUGUAUUUUCUUGACUAUUUUCCUGUGUCAUGAAUGCCGCAUUUUUAGUAGGGCUUCUUGUAUAGAGUUGUCUUCUUUCAAUAAAAACUAGGAAUUGUCUUUGAAAAGAACAAA